AUGUUCGCGGCCUACGGAGUGCCGAAUGAGAGCCGGAUAGCUAGCUACGACACGGUCAAGGCCGCCGUCCUGGACGAGCUCCGACUCACCCCUGGCGAGUACCGGAAGCGGUUUGCCGGCGCGCGUAAGCGAAAAGACGAGGGAUGGGCGCAGUUCGCCUCGAGGACGGCCAGCUAUUUCAACUACUAUCUCGAGGCGCGCAACGUAGAGAGUAAGGAGGACCUGAUUCAUCUAAUGGUCGCAGACCAGGUGAAGUCGAGCCUCAGUGAGGAGUGUCUCCGACACGUCACGCUGCGCGAAGAGACGAAGUGGCUGCAGGCGCACGAGCUAGCUAAGGUAGUACAGAUGUACGAGGAAGCAGAGAGAGACGGACGAGCGGCGAGGGGGGCGGAUAUCAGAGGCGAGGGAUCGAAGCCGAAAAAUGACGGUGCGAAGCAGACCUCUUUUCGCCUUUCACCCCGUUGCUUCAGUUGUAACCAAAGUGGUCACAUGGCGAAGAACUGCCCUGCGCGUGAGGGUCAGACUCAGACCGCGCGAAAGUCACACGUGCAGGCAGUGGCAAAAAAGGACGAAUCCGCACCUCCGGGUGCCCCAGAUCAGCUAACGGCUGUGAUAGAUACGGACAAGAAGCAGGGGCUCGGAGGAUCGGGUUUGAUCCUGGUCGAGCUCUCCUCCGGUGACCGGGAGCUGACCGCCGUGCUAGACACCGGAAGUGAAAUAACAGUCGUCAGAGAGAACGCCGUUCCGCCGGAACUGGCCGAGCCUAGCGGCACAAUUCGCCUUGUUUCAGCCUUUGGGCAACAGGUAACAGCAAAACUCGUGCGUUUGCCGCUGCAAGCCGGACCCCGAAGCGGGGUUAAUCAGAAAGACCCGACAAAACGGUGCCCCUGA